UUUCGAUUCGCGCUUCUUGUCGUUGGCGCGACAGUGGUGACUUAUCAUACUUGACUAACGAAUUAGACGAACGGCCAGUUGUCUCGUAUCACGAAGCAUAAGUGUGCUCCGUACGUCCGGAGAUGCGUAACGUACAACAUAUACGUUGCUCAUCGGAGUGUUGUUGGUUAUUUCGCUCGCGCAAUCGCCGGUUCUCGCGCGGGAAAUAAUCAUUGUUGUCGCGACACCGAAAGUGAGAGAAGCACCAAAUAAAUUAUUCCAAUAUUUAUCAACCGGCGUGAAGUGGUGUGCAAUAGCUCCAACGUCGCCGAUCUCGAGCGUCUUUAAAAUAAUCCUGUUGCAUUUUAUAAACACACUGGCAUAUCUCCUUCGGCCCGGAUAUCGACGAGAAAUCGCUACCUUGACUUUCCUGCGAGAAGUCAACAACGUCGUCUAAGACAUCGAUUCGAGACAUCGCAUUUCAUUUGCCUCAAUUCGGAGGAAUCGCUUAUACAAGAGAGCGAUUCGCGCUGUCACAUAUCCACGCAAAGUAACAUCAUCAUCGAGAUGGAGAAAAGAUCCUCUCCCGAACGGCUCAACGAGGGAUCAAUUGGAAUGGACGUAUCACCGAUGUCGAAUAUCGUCAAUGACCUGUCUAAAUCGGUAUUGGACUCUGGUGGUACAGAGAAGCGUUAUCUUCAACGUUCGCGAGAUGCUUUCGGCGCCUCGCAUCGCACGAACGAUCAGAGGAGCGAAGGAUUUAUAGAUGUGCUAACGAAAACAACAUGUCGUUCCGAUAUGACAAACGCGGACAUAUUGGGUUUUUGCAAAAACCAAAUAAGCCCGCAUGGACAGCGUAAACGCGAGUACGGAUGUGAAAAAGAAAAUAAAGAGAACUACGACGCCACCAACAGCUUGUACAACCCUACUCCGCAAAAGACAUGUAGAAAAAUAGUACGUCCUUUGGAGAACCGCAAACUCUACAGCCACAGUCAUAGCGCAGGCUCUAUCAGCGACAAAGAGGAGAAGGGAUACGGAUUUCACCCCGCCACCGGCACCGCGGCACCGCGACGUGUGCUGUAUAGUCCUCUGCAAUCACCAGUGCUUCCCAAUACCCAAACUUCUCUGCUGCGUGACCUAAAGACAACGAAACCGAAUUUUCUACGUAGCCUGUCAUCAGGAUACGAGAGCAUGGACGACGGGCUCGUGAAUGAACUCGUCGACAUGGAGGCGAUGGACGAUGAGACACAAUUACCAAGCGAUCUCUCGAAGCUAUUGUCCGGCAACAUAGUCGCGCCUGAGACAUCAAUGGACUGCGACGUCUCGACGACUCCUGAAUGGUCCCGGAACAAUCCAUCCUCUAAAAAACCAUCGACCAGAGAAUGGUCAAUACAGAGGGGAGCACACAAACAUUUAGAGAUCAAUGCAAUAUCGUCACCGUUAUCGAAGUCGCCGUCACUGUCAAAGAUUCGCACCUGUCUAUUUCGUUCACCAACGGCGACUUGCUCGAGGAGGCUAAUGCGGACGUUCAGCUACGACGAGAAUUCCCCGACACAUUUCUGCGUCGAAACUUCGGAGAUUUCGCCGCAUUCUAUCAGGUCAUCUUACAAACGACCGUCGGAUGAAAUGCCGGAAGACGAGAAGUCGAUACUGAAGAAGUCGCGCAGAUCCAACAGUUUCCAUGUACAUACGACGCCGAGAUCGGCGUUCACGAGUCCCACGAUGCGUCCGAAACUCGGUCUGCAGAGAAGCCUGUCCGAGACCGAGACGCAUACGAACAUCAAGUGGGCGGUUCAUCGUAGCGUUACCGACACCGAUCUCAUCGGCGACUUCAGCAAGCCGUGUAUACUGCCGGUUACGAUGGGCCAUCAUCCAGAUCUAAAAACCAUAACGUCCGAUACGUUGGCGGCGCUUUUGCGCGGCGAGUUCGCCGAUCGUAUCGGUUCCUAUAAGAUCAUCGAUUGCCGAUAUCCAUACGAGUAUGAAGGCGGUCACAUCGCGGGAUCGCUGAAUCUUUACGACAAGGGGCUCAUGGCGCAGUUCUUGUUCGAUCCAGUAACGUCCUCUGAUCCCAAGAUCCAGACCGACGUUGAGAAGCGCGAUAUCCUUAUAUUCCACUGCGAAUUCUCCUGGGAACGCGGACCGAAUCUCUCAAGGCUCUUACGCAGAAUGGAUCGCGAGUUUAACGAGGAACGCUAUCCGGCAUUAUUCUAUCCGGAGAUCUAUCUACUGCAAGGAGGUUACGAGAAGUUUUAUGGCGAACAGAAGGAGUUCUGCUUGCCGCAGGAUUACAAACCGAUGAGACAUCCUAAUCAUGAGAGGGAGUUCAGAUUCUUUCGCAACAAGAGCAAGAGUUGGCAAGGAGACAAACCCAAGGGGACCAAUCAAACAGUGCGAACGCAUCUCAAGCGUUUAGGCUUUUAGACGGACAUUUCUUUAUCUAAUCUAAAGUUUAAGCUAAUCUAAAGUUCAUUGUCUAUCUUUUGUUAUAUAUACUCAAAAAAAAAUAUCAAAUCGAAUCUCACGUUAGACGUUGAACGUUUAUAGACGGUCGGGAUGUGUAAAACGUCACGCGCACGCCAUGCGCGUCGACGAAGUGCAAACAGCGUAAAGAGACUGCUCAUCCUUUUGUUAUCUUACCUUCGGUCGCUCUUUGCGCUAUCAAUGAUUGUCUUAUGGAGCUCUCCGCGAGUACAUAAUGUACAUAAUGUACAUAGUGUAAAUGACAUUUGAGCAUAGAUUCUAAUCGAUCUUAAUAUGAAAAUAGUAAUUUGGUAUUGGUAUAUUGACACUAAGAUCGAUUUGAAUUUAUAUAUCUAUAUCGUAUUUCUUUGAUGCCGAUAACGAUAGGCUAUGAUGUUAUUUUGUCGCGGCCUGAUAGCAUAUCGUAUCGAGGAUUUUUGUACAUAAAAAUUACAAAUUUUAGUCAGAUCAAUAUAAUUCAGGCCGUUCUGUAAUUAAGUAUGAUGGAUAAUCAAACAUUGCAAUAUAUCUCUGCGUGUCGACCGGAGAAUUAGCAGGGUAAUUAAAUGGACGUAAUGUCGUAAAUAUGUUAUAAAUUUUUUUUUCAAAUGUUUAUAAUAAUUUCGGGUGGUCAUCUUAUUGUAUAUAUAUGUAUAUGACAUACACUGCGAGACGUCAACGAGGCUUAAUUAUGUCGAUCUUUGUCUCUCAGUAUUGCUUUGCCAAUUUCCUUAAAGCAAGCGCUUACGAUCGACGAUGUGAAUAGCAUAAAGUGUUGCCAAUUCAUCGUUGCAAUUCACGAUUACAAAAUAUCUUAUUAAUAUGCAGGGAAUAAUCUUUAAAUACUUGUGCAUCAGAUCAAUAUAAACCAAUCGAUUUUUCUUUCAAGAAUAGUUUUUUUUUUUUUUUUACGAAGAGGAACGAAGGAGCUAGUCUCAGUGUGCUUCAACAAGAGGAUUCUUGAUUUUUCGGGAGACAUGAAAUCUGAUUCUCUCUUUAUAAAAGAGAAAGAACUGUCCGUUGCACAGGUAUUUAAGGAUUAAUCUACAACAUCAUUAGCCAUUUCAAGUUCUAUCGAGUAGAAGUGAUUAUAAAUAUUACUAAAUGUGCAAAUUUUUUGUUGUUACAUAUUGUAAAAAUUAUUUUUACGUUACUACAUUGAUGAAUAUAUAAC